UAUAAACAGCCUCCCCGCACCCUGCUUGUGCGCGCUCCCUGGGAGCGUGCAGCACCGCGAUCGUCAGACGGGACCUCUGUUCCAGGUCCCCAUCAUGUGACCACUGAUUGGCAUAUCAGUGAUCACUACGUGUGAAAUCUGUGAAUGAUCACAGAGGUCACAUGGUACAAGGCUAUUCACAACAACCUUGUUCCAUGUGACAAGCUGUGACCAAUCACAGCUCACUCAGUA